UUACAAGGUAGACUGACCCCAACAGCAGCCCGUACCUUAUGCAGUAGCCAACAACAGUCAAAGGGCUGAGUGGGAGCCGGCGGAUACCAAGGGAAAGUAUUUGGCAGCGCUAUGCAGUGAGGAUUAUAGAGCAACACGAGGCUGCUAAUGAGUGCCCAGCUUUGCGUUCGUACGGGAAACGGCAGGUUUUCCUUUCUGAGUACAGCUGGCAAAGACACAGAAGAUAUAACGGCUAAUCAGAAAGGAAGAAUUUGCUGAAUUGUCUCGUAAUGCAUUUGUGAAAUUUAAAAUUCCUAGUAGUCUGCUGCUUAGUCUGUUUAUUGGAUGGCUUCUGCACUAACUGUGAAGUGUGAGAGCCAAAUGCUUAUAGAUGAUGGCAUCCCACCUGCCAAGAAACCCAGAAAGCUCUUGCCAAGUUUGAAGACAAAGAAACCUCAGGAGCUUGUUUUGGUUAUUGGAACAGGUAUAAGUGCUGCUGUUGCACCUCAGGUUCCGGCUCUAAAAUCUUGGAAGGGACUAAUCCAGGCCCUUCUUGAUGCUGCUAAUGACUUUGACUUAUUGGAAGAGGAGGAAAGCAAAAAGUUCCAGAAAUGCCUUCAUGAGGACAAGAACCUUAUUCAUGUGGCUCAUGACUUAAUUCAGAAGCUGUCACCGCGUACUAGCAACGUGCGGUCCACCUUCUUUAAAGACUGCUUGUAUGAGGUGUUUGAUGAUCUUGAGUCAAAGAUGGAGGACUCUGGAAAACAGCUGUUACAGUCAGUGUUACAACUAAUGGAGCACGGAGCCCUUGUUUUAACUACUAAUUUUGACAACUUGCUUGAAAUAUAUGCCAUUCAUCAAGGAAAGCAACUCGAAUCAUUAGACUUGACAGAUGAAAAACAGGUCUUAGAGUGGGCUCAGGAGAAAAAAAAGCUAAGUGUUUUACACAUACAUGGAGUGUACACAAACCCCAGUGGUAUUGUUCUCCACCCAGCUGGCUACCAGAAUGUGCUAAGGAACACAGAAGUCAUGCGAGAGAUCCAAAAGCUGUACGAAACAAAGUCGUUCCUUUUCCUUGGCUGUGGUCGCACUGUGGAUGAUACAACAUUUCAGGCGCUCUUUCUGGAGGCAGUGAAACACAAGUCAGACUUGGAGCAUUUCAUGCUGGUUCGCAGAGAAGAUGUAGAGGAGUUCAAAAAACUGAGAGAGAAUAUGUUGGAUAAGGGCAUCAAAGUGAUUUCCUAUGGCACCGAGUACACUGAUUUGUCAGAAUACUUUGAGAGGCUUGCUAAUGAAAUCUCUACUAAAGGACACACGGUUUUUAUUUUUGCACAUUGAGCCAGGACAGAGGGGUGCUAUUGGAGAAAGCUGCAAGCAACACAAGCUGCAAGUUAUAAUUUAUUCACACUAAAAAGGACUCAUGUAUAGUGCAGACUGAUCUUAGUAUAAUUAUUUGAAUAUAUUUUUUGGUUAGCAGCUUUUGGUCUGAAUUUACAGUUUUAGAUUUCACCCCAGUUUUACAUAUAUUUCAAUAAAUUGUAUUUAUAGAAAUGUUUUGUAAUUUUAAAUCACAUGUCACGGAAUAAAAAGAUCUUAUUUAAUAAGAGAUAGUAGACAAAUUUGACCCUGUAGAAAUGUUGGAGUGUUUAUUUUUGCUAGGAGCCAAUGAUUGGUAUGAUAAGGUGUAUAUGCAGCACUAUGUAGCCAAUAAGAUCAUACCCAUUAUUAUCGGGGAUGAAGCAUUACUAGCAGAGUGGGCAACAUGCUAGAAGAGUGUUCUCUUAAGCUUAUGGGUAUUUUGAUUAGGUAUAGAAAAAAAGACUUACUUGAGUUAAUAAAGAGAGAGAAGAUUUUUCAGAAUAAAUUGGAGGUAUACAGCGAGGAUGAGGAAUGUAAGAAACUUAACUCCAUUAUGUCACUUUAAGAUAAUUAUGAAAAGGAUCUAGUAUUGCCCAAAAAUUGUAAACUCAUGAAGCGAUUAUUGUGAUUAUGAAGGAGGAAAACUGAAGGGCAAAACAACACGUCCCCAACAUAGGUCCCAUAAUAUUUCACAAAGUUACAGGGUUACACCCAGCUAGAAAGGGAAGGACAGGGUCCAUCCUUCACAUUAUAGUGAGUCUUGUGUUUCUCACUCCAGGCUUCAGCUUCAGUUAGGAACAAAUAUUAGGUUGGGUAAUAAAACCACUAAUAGUUUGUGCUGAACAGGGGACUCAAGUUUGCCCCAAGCAGUGGCCCCAGUACAUUUUAAUUAUACAUUGAUCUGCAGAAAUUUAUUUGUAAAGUAACAAUUAAGAGAUAAAUUAACAAGAACCAAAGGUGAAGUAGGUGAAGUUCAUACCCUUGACCCUGUCAUAAAAAGUUUCAUGAGGUACAAAAAGACAAAGAGCCUUGUGUACAUUAAUGAGUGAUCACUCAUUAUUAUUAAACAGGUUGUUAAAGGAGGAGGGGUUGUGAAACAGAAUAGAGCUGAUUAAAUGGAAUAAGCAUGGACAAUUCUGUGGGACACAGAUACCCUAUGAGAAAUUAGGAUUGGGUCCUAUAAACAAAUAUAUUAUGGGUUGGAAACACUAAUUAAAGGAUAUCAUUUACCAAAAGUACAUAAGAGCUUAGUCAAAACCCCCUGGUAGACCAAUAAACUUGGGUAUAAUUUUGAUCACCAGUCAUGAGUUCUGAGUUUGUGGAUUUUUUUCUGCAGCAUAUUGUAUGCAAACAAAAGUCUUAUUUACAAGACACGACUGAUUUGUUGAAAAAAUUUAAAAUCAUCAUAUGGAAGUACACCUUUUGUUGGGUUACCUGCAAUGUUUCCUCUUGGUACACCAACAUCCCACAGGACAAAGGUCUCAGGGCUAUUAGGGAAAAGAUGGAUACAUAUAGCUCAUACCCUGAAACUUUAAGAGAAUUUUUGUUGGUUGGCAUAAAUUUCACCCUUAGCCAUAAUUAUUUUGUUUAUGAUAAUGUGUUCAACAUAAACAUGGGACAGCAGAUUUGCUCUCUCAUAUGCUAACAUCUAUGUGGCAGAAUGGGAGGACGAGUAUAUUUGGCAAUAAAACACUGGAGGAAUUGCUGAUGAAGAGACCCAACCCUAAGGUUAUAAGAGAUAUAUUGAGUUUCACACCUGGUUCAAUGGUGCCUCUCAUAAAGUUAAAAAAAUCAUACAAAGGCAUUGGCCUGUAUUAUGUGCUGAUCCAGUCCUGAAUGAAUUGAAAUGUCAAUUUUUUUUUUAAAAUCAAUAACCCUUAUAAACUUGUUGGCACCAUCGAGGGUAUGGGGCAGGCCAAGAAAAUGGUUGGUAAUUUUGGUUUAAAAGGUAUAUAUAAAUGUGGAAAGUAGUCAAAAUGCUACUCCUAGUCAGUCAAGGAUAGAUGGUUUACCAGUUGUCGUUCCAUUUAUGUAGUGUAUUUAUUUGUCUGCCCAUGCAAAUGUGGGUAUGACCAUUAGGGCAAUGGGGACAAGAAUUUCAGAGCACAUUUGUAACAUCAAGGUAGGAGAGGUAGAUCUCAGCCUUUCUGUAACUUUAUCAUCAUCAUGGGAGCAAUCCCACUGGAUUAACUUUUAGGUUUGGAAGAGAUCCCAUCCAAUAUAAAGGGUAGGGACUGGUUCAUCAGGUUAAGACAACAUUCUGGCUAUUCAAACGGAAUACAUUGCAGCCAUAUGGUCUUAACAUUGACAUUGACUUGGCUGCUUUAAUUUUAUUUUUUCAAAUUAGUUCCCACUUUGACCACUAUUUAGCCUCUGGUAUAGCUUCUCCCCAGCCAGUGAUUCCCUUCAUUUCCAAUUAUUUUGGUAUGAAUCUUGUUUUAAUUGAUUGGUUAUAGGUAUAUAGGAAUUGAUUUCCAGUAUUUAAAUGUCCCUAUUAUGCAUAAUUUGAUACAGAUAGUUGAUAUAGAUAGAUUUUAAUGUUUGAAAGUCUGAAAUUAUUUUAUUGGCAUUAUCAAUGGAUUCAUUAUGUGUAAAUAUCUUAUAACUCUUUGUGUAUAUAGUAGUUGAUUUAAGGUAUAAUUUAUGUGGAGAAAAAAUAUAUAUGUGUACAAUGUGUUAAUGUAUGAAGGCUGUGUGUGCCUGAGAGGGCUGCUCUGCAAUGAAGGGAGAGUUUAAUACCAAUUAAGCUUCAUCAGUAAGGUCUAUAUAAAUACACCAGUAAACCCUCAAAGUAAUGCUGCUCAGAG